AUGAACUUUCCUGCGAAAGAUCGUGAUGACGACGAAGACGAGCGCGUUGGUCUGCAACUUCUCGUGUACUUAUUGAUCGUUCACACUGGGAGGACCGAGGUGACUACCAACGCCUCCGCAUCAAUGUUGGGACUCGCAACUCCGUUCAUCUCUCCACGGCGAUCAAGGACGCACGGCCCGGAGCCAGAUCGCGAGCCUGCCAUGUCGGAUUCGAACACGAGGGUUGCUGCUGAUCUGGUUUGCAAUGGUGAUGCUCAAUUGGUUCCGAUUGGCGGAGACUAUGCUGAAAUCGUUGUCGUGCAUCACGGUGAAACGGACUGGAAUGCUGAUGGAAGAUUUCAGGGAACUCUAGAUGUCGAAUUGAAUGAAAUUGGGAGGCAGCAAGCAACUGCGGUGAGUGAAAGGCUGUCCAGAGAAGGUAAAAUCACUGCAAUUUACUCAUCUGACCUAAAACGAGCUUUGGAGACGGCAAAUCUGAUUGCAACUGCUUGUGGUGGACUAGAGAUUAUCAAGGAUCCAGGUCUCCGGGAAAGAAAUUUUGGGGAGCUUCAAGGCCUUCAGCCACAUGUUGCAGCUAGUGUCUGUCCUGAAGCCUAUAAAGCCCUUCAAUCGCAGAAGACGGAUCAAGAAAUUCCGGGUGGGGGUGAAAGUGUUGAUCAGGUUUAUCAGCGGUGCACUACGUGUUUGCGAAACAUCAGUAUGAAGCACAAAGGAGAGCGAGUAGUAGCGGUCACUCAUGGUGGGGUACUCCGAACGCUUUAUAUGCGGGCUUGCCCAAAUAAACAGCCUGUGAAGUUCCUGAAUACUUCUGUCAACAUUUUCCACUUGUCUGAUGGGGACAACUGGGUCUUCAAAUCCGGGGGUUAUGUUAGUCAUCUCAGCCAAAUAGAAUAUCUGAGAACACUGUUUGGUGGGGAUAGAACUUCUGGUUAGAUCAAACUAUUCUGGAUGUUGUUCUAGUAGCCCUACCUGUAAUGAGGUACGAUAAGGCCCGCUGAGAAGCAUGAUUCA